CACAGCUGAUCCAUUCUGGUGGAAUGCUAUCAUCCUGUAUGAUAUUUGGAUUUAUUACCACAUGGCAGGGCUUCUCUUUAUGAGUCGUCUCUACGCCUGACUUGUGAGAAGAGAAAGUAUGAGAGCGCCAUCUGAUAAAAGCUUUAUAAUCAUCUGCAGUGGCUGAAUGAACAUAAUGGCUGGUCUCUGCCCAUCCAGCCGACCGGUACACAGGCGUGAGCAUGACAGUGAGGACACUAAGUCAACGCCUGCCGGGCCGGAUUCACUUUGAUGUCUCUGUGUUAUUGUCCAUGUCAAGGUUAUAAAAAGGGUGGGGGUCAAAAAUUAUGAUGCAUGCAGUGUUGUCAAAUCAUGAAGGUGAAUACUACAGUGUGGAUGGAUGGAUCAUGGAUGGUGCACGUGGCUCCCUCCAUCCCUUGGUGCUUUUAUAAGACUGUCUUUAUCCUGGGUGAGAUAACCCAGUUAAAUAGAUAGCAUGAAACACGGAGCCUCCACAGGUCCAGUUGAACUGAACCAGUCACAGACACGAAGAGAUGUAUUAGAUAUUCUGAAUGUGGAUAUCUGCUGUUACUAAAGCCCAUAAACAAACUGGGGUUUUCAUCCCAAGGUCAAUUUCUGUUUCACAUUCAAGUCUCCAUCCUCCAUCCUGUGACACCCACCCACACCUGGAGACACAUACACACACACACACACUCAGAGAGAGAGGGGUGGGUACACGUCACUGGUGUUUUUCCUUUUGCUUUUUAGGCUUCUUAAAGUGGAUUGUGGCUGUCAGUAGCGCUCAGGGAAGCUUCAUUAGUCGUCAGAGGGAGGCAAGGCUGUGACUCAUGCCUGCGUGAAGAGACCAAUGGGCAGCCGGAGCCUCAUAUAAAUAACGAAUAAAAAAGAUUCUUGAGGGAGAAAGGGUCACUUGCGCGCCGCUGGAUGGGAUUUUAUUAGUGCUCCUCGUUGGUAUUCCGCCGUCGCCGCCACUGGACUGCUUCUUGUCGCGCCUUUGGGUGGCAAUUGUAACAUCUAGUUAUAGUUUCUCUGGACUCGACAACCUGUGCGCCCGUGAGCCGUUGAAUUAUUUCCCAGCUGGAGAUCAGAUAAUAGAGGACUGAUGGCCACGUCUGAACCGAGAGCCAGCGGCGGGGACCAGGACCCCAACUCCGCCAAUUUAAGACCUCCGUCCACAACCAACGAAUACGCGUGGAUGCACGGAUGCACGCGGAAACUGGGGAUGAAGAUUUGUGGGUUCCUGCAGAAGAACAACAGUCUGGAGGAGAAGGGGAGGCUCGCGGGCCAGAAGAACUUGCUCUCGUGCGACAACAGUGACAGGGACGCGCGCUUCCGUCACACCGAGACCGACUUCUCCAACCUGUUCGCCAGAGACCUGCUGCCCGCCAAAAAUGGAGAAGAGCCUACCAUACAGUUUUUGUUGGAGGUGGUCGACAUCCUCACUAACUACGUCAAGAAGACCUUCGACCGCUCCACCAAGGUGCUGGACUUCCAUCACCCUCACCAGCUGCUGGAGGGCAUGGAGGGCUUCAACCUGGAGCUGUCCGAGCAGCCCGAGUCCCUGGAGCAGAUCCUGGUGGACUGCAGGGACACGCUCAAAUAUGGCGUCCGGACAGGUCACCCGCGCUUUUUUAACCAGCUGUCUUCUGGUCUUGACAUCAUUGGUCUGGCUGGAGAGUGGCUCACCUCCACCGCUAACACCAACAUGUUCACCUACGAGAUCGCUCCGGUGUUCGUGUUGAUGGAGCAGCUGACUUUGAAGAAAAUGAGAGAGAUGAUUGGUUGGCCAGACGGAGAGGGAGAUGGACUCUUUUCACCAGGGGGCGCUAUCUCCAACAUGUACAGUGUCAUGAUCGCACGUUACAAGUAUUUCCCAGAGGUCAAGACCAAGGGCAUGUCUGCUGCUCCCCGCCUUGUCCUCUUCACAUCUGAACAUAGCCACUACUCCAUAAAGAAGGCAGGAGCUGCUCUGGGCUUUGGCACUGAGAAUGUGAUCCUGCUGAGCACAGAUGAGAGGGGGAGAGUCAUUCCUGCAGAUCUGGAGGCCAAGAUCAUUGAUGCUAAACAGAAGGGGUACGUGCCGUUGUUUGUGAACGCCACCGCUGGUUCAACUGUGUACGGUGCAUUUGACCCCAUCAAUGAGAUCGCUGACAUCUGUGAGAAGUACAACUUGUGGCUCCAUGUUGAUGGAGCGUGGGGUGGUGGACUGCUGAUGUCCAGGAAGCAUCGCCAUAAGCUGAGUGGAGUCGAGAGGGCCAACUCUGUCACGUGGAACCCGCACAAGAUGAUGGGCGUGCCUCUACAGUGCUCUGCCAUCCUGGUCAGAGAGAAGGGAAUCAUGGCGGGCUGUAACUCCAUGUGCGCUGGCUACCUGUUCCAACCAGACAAACAGUAUGACGUCACGUACGACACAGGGGACAAAGCCAUCCAGUGCGGUCGACAUGUCGACAUCUUCAAGUUCUGGCUCAUGUGGAAGGCCAAGGGCACCAUCGGGUUUGAGCAGCACAUUGACAAGUGUUUGGACCUGUCUCAGUACCUGUACAACAAGAUCAAGAACAGAGAGGGAUAUGAGAUGGUGUUUGAUGGAGUGCCCCAGCACACCAACGUUUGUUUCUGGUACAUACCACCCAGCCUGAGAGGCAUGCCAGACGGCGAUGAGCGGCGAGAAAAACUCCACAGGGUGGCGCCAAAGAUCAAGGCCAUGAUGAUGGAGUCCGGGACCACCAUGGUGGGCUACCAGCCUCAGGGCAAUAAAGUCAACUUCUUCCGCAUGGUCGUCUCCAACCCCGCGGCCACCCAGUCUGACAUCGACUUCCUCAUUGAUGAGAUUGAGAGGAUGGGUCACGACCUGUAGGCCUCGGCCAUCACCGCUGCCUGGAGGUCUUUUAUCUGUUGUAUUUCCAGUGAGGUGAAACAUUCACAGUGCUGCAGACGGAGUAAUGAUAGGACGUGUUUCAGGUUCUUUCUAUCUGGUCUAUCUCUGCCUGAAGCAUUUUGGUUGUUUCUCCAGCUGAAGAGAAACUAGCAAUGAGAGAGACUUUGAGUUUCUUACUAACUCUGUCCCACAUAGUUCCUCCUAUAGACAAAAUAUAUAAACCAGUAUCUGAAAGCUCCAGGUACAACAAACAUGCUCUACUGUGUGUGUGCGCUGUGGAUUCUUGUUAUGUGUGUUUGCGUGUGUGUGUGUAAUCUAGUUUC